AUGCCUUUGCAUGCCCAGCCCAGUAUGUGUUCUCUCAAUCUCUAUGCUACCUUGUGUCAUUCAUUUCUCAAUGUUUAUGUGGUUCUCAAGCUACUUGAUAACGUCGGUUUCUUGACAACCAUGAAUGCCCCAUCCACCUCGCAGGGUGCACCAUCAUGGGAAGCUCCUGAUUUUAUACACUCGUGCAAUAACUGCAAAGAGGAGGCUCCUUGGCGAUGGUGCGAAACAAAUGAGAAUGGAAACGAGGGUCGUUGGAUGGCAGUGUGCAAGAAAUUUGCUGGCAAGCAGCAAGUGCCAUGUAAUUUCUUUUGCUGGGCAUGGGGUUCAACCAGUCCCUCUAGCUCCCCCACCCUGGGCUCAGCUCAGUUAGCCCCAACUGCUGUCGUCCAGCCUGCUGCCUUGAGUAACACCACAUUACUCCUUAUGUGCGCUGCCCUGCCUCAAACAUGUCUGCCUGUGCCCCCACCCCCACCUUCCCAGCCGGCAUUGAUUCUUGAUGCUGCACCUUCUGACUUGGACGUCUGUCUGUCCCCACCCUUGGACAUCUGUCUGUCCCCACCCUUGGCCUCUUUAUUGGAAGUUCCUGAGCCUCCUGCACGAGUCCAGAAGGGCAAGGGUUGGGCUAUUGAGCUGCCAGAUGCUAGUGAACCUGUGCAGCUUCCUUCACACAUGGUCGCUGGCCUGUCGCAACCAAAAGCCCGAGCAGCACCAUGCUAUGCAAUGCAGAUGCCUGCCAUCUUUAUGCAGCAAAAUGCUUGUGAAGAGGAAAUGAAUGAAGAAAGGCACCAAUGUGAACUUGAACGUCUACAGGCUGCCGCUCAGGAGAAGAACACUGUUGUUGUGUACGCAUGGAUUCAGAAUGGUGUUGAGCCCAUAAUUUAUGAAUUUCAAGAUGGCUUCAAACUACCCAACUUCUACUUCUCACUCUCAGUCCUCCAUAAAUUGUGCAUGACAUCCGAGGACCCUGAUGUUCCCGCUCCUGCAAGGAUUGCUCCUAUCCAGCGGUACAACCAGCACCCUCAACACAUGGACCCGGUUUGA